CUUUAAAGUAUUUUCUUGAUUUUUGUAAAAUUGUAAGUAUAAUAUAUAAUUUAUCGCCUUAUAACUAUAUACACAUUGAGUAUUAUAAUAAAUAAUCUUAAUUUUAAAUUUCAAAAUAAUAAAUAUGUAAAAUAAAAAUAAAUAUGAAUUUUUAAAAAAAUUUAAUGCCAUGUUUCGUCGUGGUAGAAGCAAUGAUCGCAACGAGGAAGAAGAACCCAGUAACCGACUAAGCCACCUCCUACUAUUCCUAAUUCUAUGCAUAACGUUCCUCCUAUACUUCGGAUACAACGAUUUGCCGUCGAAGCAGGAACCCCCAGUGAUAAACAAGAUUCGUGCCAAUGCCGACGACUCAUCGAUUUCCUAUCAUAAUAAAACAUACCUGCAUUCUUCCUUUACACUCCCACAGAUAUCGCUCAGACUACUAAAUGAAAUAACCAUUCACGUGGAGUCAUCAACACUGGAAAAUGUGUUUGAAGACCAUGUGUUAUCCUGGAAGUACAUGGAAAACUCAAGAAUACACUUUAGAGUCUUUGAAAACACAUACGGGUUAAUAUCAAUUUCAGCCCAUAGAGACUCCUCAGUUCCAAAUGACUCCGCAGGUAAGUUUAUAUACUUCGGACUAGUCAGAGCUAAUCGCAACAUAUGUGAGUCCAUCCCUUCAAAUUCCUGGACUUGCCAGAAAGAUCAUGACCAGUUUAACAACUCUUUUGAUUCAAAAUAUUGCUUACUCGUGCUUAAGUCUAACAGACUUAAUGAUAUACUACAGUAUACACAUGACUUUCUCUCAGACUACAAAUUACACAAAUCAGAUAUGAUGGUGGGAAUGUUUUGCGGGAAUGCUGUGAUUUCAAGGACUGCAAACUCGGAAAAUGAACUCUAUUUCAUAAAUUUCAAUAGAGAAAGUGAUUAUAGAUCGUCGCCAUUUUUCGUGUGUAAAUUCUCAACGCUGUUAACUGAUGUAAUUGAGUGCUUUAAUACUGAAGUCACGUCUGCUAAUCUGAGCCUGCCACUAACACUUAUACAUGACCCUACUACAGAUGUUCUCGUAACAGCAAAUUAUAACCCUGAGAAUAAAAACCUCAAUAUUCUUACGUUUAACUCUAGCAGAUUGUCAUUUAAAGCUGCAUAUAGAUCGAUACCUGCUCCAAGUGGAUGGCUUAUAAGCAUCGGUAAAAGCUCUAAAGGAAGGGUGUUUUUCGCAGGCGAUGCGGCACCGUACGAAAUACUAGGAAUUUACGACGUUGGAAACUCGAGGCAUGAAUAUCAUAAUUUAUACUUGUAAAACCAACAUAAAUUGUACAAAUAUGUCAAAACUAAACCCACAACUAAUGUUUUUAAAAAUUA